UAUUUUCCCUCUAUCCUUGUAUCGUUCUUACCUCCUCUUUUGUAAUCAAUCUUCAUCUCCUUGCUUUUGUUAUUCACAAAUUUUACAAUAAGUGCUCGAAAUAUGGGCGGUACCCUCCUAACAAUCGGAUUUACAUGUGCCGGGAUGUAAUCUUUCAUGAGGAAAUUGGCUACUUCGGAGAAAAGAAUUGGGAAUCAUUGGAGAACCUUGCAGACCAAGAACCUGACUAUAACACUUCCCUUAUGAAUUUGAUGACUUCCAUUCGCUGUAUUGGGGCACAAACUGAUCAAGGGACACCGUCAUCCUAUCUUCAUGCAGAUGAUAUCCCUCAUGCUCCUCUUACUUCCAUGCCAAAAGUUAUUCAACCUAACAAUGCAGGAAACGAUACAUUGGACAAGCAUGCCCUCGGGGACUUAUUUGAAAGGGAAAAUAAUAAUGCAUACCAGGCACCUAUUGAUUCCAAUGAGGGGGAACCGACAGCCAAUUCUCCGAUCAACACGGUGGAACAAGUUGAUUCUACUUCAAAUACACGUAGUGACCAGUCCCUCGUUGUUAACAAUGUUCAACCUGCUGUUACACUUCGGCGCAACACACGGGAACGAAAACCACCAUCUGAAUGGUGGAAAUCCUCUACUUCUCAACUUGCAGUGGCACACCCCAUCGAUAAGUAUUCCACUCUUGAACACUUUGAUGCUAACGAACGUAGUUUUUUGAGUGUCAUUGAGCAGGGCUUUGAACCAAGUUCCUACAAUCAAGUAAAAGACAUCCCUGUAUGGCAGCACGCAAUGGCUGAUGAAAUUCAAGCUCUUCAAAAGAAUGGCACUUGGGAGAUCACUGAUCUUCCACCAAACAAACGGGCUAUGGACUGCAAAUGGGUGUUCAAAAUCAAGUACCAUAGCAAUGGGGAAAUUGAACGCCAUAAAGCUCGCCUCUAUCCUUGUUUCCGGUGUAUGACCAGGAGUUCUGGGCCUGACAACCUAGUACCUCUUGACCCUGAAAUCGAGAAGUCCGCUAAGCGCAAUCAAAAGAGGAAACGACAACAAAGAAAGAUGGAGGAACGUGCUAUAGUUGCUGAGAACAACAAUGACACUUAUGGGGCAUACCUUCAGCCUAAGUACAUUCAGCAGCUUUCAUGCAUUCGUCGGCCUGACAUCGACCGUAACAAUUUUGAGUUUCAACCGGCAUUCAUCAAUAUGUUGAGCUCCUCGGCUUUCAGGGGCAGACCUAAUGAAGACCCGAUCCCUCACUUGACUUGA